CGGCAGGCGAGGUGAAGGCUCAGUGUUGCAGCGGCUGACCUGUUGCUGUGACGGUCGCUCACACUCGUCUCACUCUCACCGCCUCAGUCACGCAUCCGACCCUGGCGCUAACCCUCCCCGGCCGCGAUGUGUCCCGCCACAAACGUAACUGACCAUUCCGCGGUCUGAAGCGUCUGUCUCUCCAGCACGGAAUACGAUGCGGGAAUGAGGCCACGUGGAGCACGCACGCUGUCUUAUUCAUUGCAGGACUUUCGUUAACUUACUUUUAAUGUUUUUUAACACAAACAUCUUAUUGUAAACCACCUGCAAAGUGGUGGUAAGAUUCAGUUGCUAUGAUGGUCGAUGAAACAAUCGCUGACAAGUGAGUGAGGAGUCUGCAGUGAGGCUCCCAGACAAACCAUCACCUGCAGCGUCGCUCCUGACCUUCGGAGUGUCGGCGGCAGCAGCAGCUAACACUCCUUACAUCCACCGCGCGACGGGAGCGAACCAUGACUACAAACUUUCACUGAGGCGGUGUAGUAGUAGAGAAACCCAGAUAAAAGUCAGUAUUAGCUGGAAAAUAUGUGCAGUGAGAAAGGUGUAUGCGUGAUAAAGUAACGCCGUAAAUUACCCGGCGCUGCGACGAAGGUGACGGUGAUGAGGAGCAGCGCAACGUGAAGCGACACUUACCUCGCCCCGUCCAGUGCCCGUCACUCUUGUGCCUGUCUGCAGCUGGCUGGCCUCGCUAUGUCCGCGGCGGAGGCAAUCAGAUCAACGCCAAACUGUGGAAAGGAAAUGACCACCAAUUAAGAGAGCAAACUCGGCUGCACCACACCCACGCCCUACCAUAACAGCUCGCCAGCCACGCCCAUCCUCGCGUGCAGCUCAGGAUGUAGACGCUGAAAUAAUGAAAAUGCCUUGAGAUCAGUUACACGUGUUGAGUGUUAUAGAAUAGAAAAUCGAUACGAAAAGAUAAAGAAAAUGGGGUUCGGAGUGUCAAAGUGCAUUUGUGCCGAGGUGGGUUCAGACAAGGAGGCGCUGGACGGCGGUGAGCAGAAGAGGAGUAAGUUUGGAUUCUCACCGCACAAGAAGCACCACACCCCAUCAAUGAGCAAAGUAGAGCGAGCCCUGAAAGCGGCGCUCCUCAUCCAGCGUUGGUACAGGAGGUACUGCGCCAGACUGGAGAUCCGGCGGCGCUACACGUGGACCAUCUUUCAGUCCAUCGAGUAUGCAGGGGAACAGGACCAGAUGAAGCUGUACAACUUCUUCAACGCGCUGCUGACACACAUGGCCAACGGCAAGAUGACGGAGGUAAUGGAGGCCCUCUCGCCCCGCGCCUCGCCGACCACAGACGACGACGAGGAUGAGAUUACUACCAAGAGACUACUGGAGGAGGCGUGGACGGAGGAGGUGCCGGUGGAGGGGAGCUACAAGGGCCCGCGCCUCACUACACCCCUCACCACAGACUCCAUCCACCUGCUCAUCGAGGCAUUCAAGAAGAAGAAGCAGCAGACUCUCCACGCUCGCUACGUGUACCUGCUGUUGCGUGAGGGCGUGCGUGUGUUGCGGCAGCGAGCCACCAUCAUGCACGCCUCCACCGCCAUCUCCGGCCAGAUCACCGUCAUUGGGGACCUGCACGGCAAACUGGACGACCUGCUAACCCUGUUGUACAAGAACGGCCUCCCCUCCACGGACAACCCUUACGUCUUCAAUGGUGACUUCGUGGACCGGGGACGCAAAUCAAUAGAAGUCUUGCUCCUCCUCCUCGCACUCGUCAUCGUUUUUCCCGCCGAAGUUUAUCUGAACCGAGGCAACCACGAGGAUAUGGUAAUGAACGCCAGGUACGGCUUCUGCAAGGAGGUCAGCAAGAAGUACAAGGCCCCGCACGGUCCUCGGAUCCUGCGGCUGCUGGAGGAGGUGUACCGCUGGCUACCGCUCGCAACCGUCAUCGACCACAAGGUGAUGGUAGUGCACGGCGGCAUCUCCCUCGACACGGACCUCAGAUCACUCGCCACGGCAGACAGGAGCAAGUACACCAGUGUGCUGAGGGCGCCGGCGGGCGGGUUGGCCGAGGACGAGUAUUCCCUGGAAGAGGAGGUGGAGGGAGAGUCUGACGCCUGCAGAGAGGUGCGACUCCUCUCAGCCACCUACGAAUGGAAACAGGUGCUGGACUUGCUGUGGAGUGACCCGCAUACCCACCCAGGCUGCAGACCCAACUCCUUCAGGGGCGGCGGCAGCUACUUCGGACCUGACGUGACCAAGGAAUUCCUGGAUAGACACGGCUUGGUCCUCCUCAUCCGAUCCCACGAGUGCAAACCUGAAGGCUACGAGUUUACUCAUGACGGCAGGUGUCUCACCAUCUUCUCCGCCUCGAACUACUACGAGUCUGGCAGCAACCGAGGCGCCUACGUGAAGCUGCAGGGCCCCAACCUGACGCCCCACUUCGUACAGUACACCGCUGACCUCAGGACAAGGAAACUUACCAUCCGGGAGCGCGUGGGUCGCAUGGAGACGUCUGCCUUCAGGGACCUCCGCGGCCAGAUCCUUGCCUCCAGAACCAAGCUCCUUGAGGCCUUUGAGACGCGGGACAAAGAAAACACAGGGCAUCUGAGCGUGGCCGACUGGGUGGACGUGAUGGAGAAAGAGUGCCACCUCAACCUACCUUGGCGAGUGCUUAAAGACAAGCUGGUCACCCUCCACCCUACCACCGGCGAGGUCAACUACCGCAGCUCCUUCAGUGAUGACCUGUUAAAGAACGACCUGACAGUGAAGGGUGGACCGACGCUGGUGGAGGCGUUGUACAGACACAAGAGCAGUCUGGAGACUAUCUUCAGGCUCAUCGACAAGGACAAUUCAGGCUACAUCAGCAUGGAGGAGUUCAGCGAGACGUGUGAGCUGCUGAGUCGCCACAUCGACGUGCCCAUCCCCAAGAAGGAGAUCACGGACCUGGCUCGCUGCAUCGACAUCAACAAGGACGGAUACAUCGACUUCAACGAGUUCCUGGAGUGUUUCCGUAUCGUCCAGUCAACCAAGCGGCACCCUGAGGAGGACUACGACGGCGACGACGACAACGAUGACGACGACGAUGACUACGACGAGGACAGGGACGAGGGACAGAACGGCGGAAUGAACCACCCCGCCAGGGACACGCACCUGUAACUCCUGCCUCCCUCUCCACUAGUCUCGUGCUCUACCUAAUGUUACCAGUGCUAUGGCCAGCCUGCACCCAAUGGUGGCGUGUGUGUGUGUGUGUGUGUGUGUGUGUGUGUGUGUGUGUGUGUGUGUGUGUGUGUGUGUCGCCAGGGCAUUAAUGUAACAGAGGGCAGUCUGCCGCCCUCCUGCUGCGUUGUCUGGCUGAGGCCACCAAGCGUGCAGUGCUGGCGGGCUGGUAAACAUACACUGGGACCCGCAAGUCUCAGCACCAUUCCCCAUAAUGCACUAGCAUAAUACAAAGUGAUAAUACUGUUCAGCAUUACUUUACUCUAGAUAUUGUUUCUUACUGUAAUUUUAGUGUUCUUGGUAAGACAAUGUUACGCGCGUGUUUAAUAAUGCCAAAGACUAUUUUAUGAUUUCCGCUGCACAUCCACCACCUCCUUCCUGACGGUCACAGCACGUGAGCUUCCGUCUCGCGUAGCUGUGUGUGUGCGAGUGAGCCUGAGGAACACAACCACGCCGACGUUCGGGGAGAGAAAACAUUUUGUGUUUCUAAGCAUCGUCUCCGGGCACAAGACAGCUCGUGGAGCGCCCUGCUGUUACGAAGUGCCAAACUUACACCAGCUAUUACAUCCUGCAGCACUCCAGCACGAAGCGGGGCGAGAGACUCAGCUCGAGGCUCCUGAGGUCCCCACUACUGACUCACACCUCACCACACCUCCACAGGCUGCAACGUCAGGCUAUCAAAGGCAAGGCUUCAUCCACCCAUGAAUUAAACCACAGCUUAAACACUCCAGCACAGUAAAGUGAAGGGGCAGGGUGACGCGCAGGGAGAAGCAGGUGACGCUAUUCUCCGUCGCGUUGCGCUGCUGCACGGGGACGUUGGAUCACAUAAAUGGAGGUAAGGCUCAGGAGGGAUUCAUGACCUGUCCUGAUAUAGCGUGUCUCCUGCCCGCCGCCCAUGCAGGAGGCUAUCUCAUGGUGCCCACGCUGCACACACAUGCAUACUUUACAUCAGGCGAUGGGAGAUAGCAGCAGUGCACAUCAAGAGUGCUGUCUCCGCCAUCCUGAAGCACACCCUGAGUAGUGCUGUCCUGGCGACAGCACACCCAUAGUGGUGGUGGUGCAGCGUAGCGCGGCGUGGCACAGCCUGCCACUGCAGCUGCAGGAAACGUCUUCUUUGGGGGAUAAGGAUCGCCCCCACAUUCCUCGUUCAAAUGAUGUAAACUCGUAAACACCAAGAAGGUCCACGAGAACGCCUGCAUCAUGUUGUUCAGUGCCGUAUUAUCUUUACUUCCUAGUUCUCCUAAACAGAGGGUGGCCGCGGAGGGGAAUCCGUGCACCUCCAGCUGCCCUGCAACCACUCGUUUUCUCAUUCAUGAUGAUAAUAAAGAGUGAAUAAAGUUAGGUUCAUGCAUUGUUCUGAGCACCUGGACGCCUUCCCUCCACCCUUGAUAAUUUGAGCCGCCACCGCCUGCAGGGUCCCUCGCUCGAGUCAUUCCUCUUGGCACAAUUCACAAGGCCCAUCUCACCUGGCCCCCGCAGCGCACCACCCAAGCCCUGCCUCGCCCGCCGCUCGCAGCCACGACGCACUAGUAAUCAAACACGCAACUCCUUCCUCAAGUACAAUGCAAUGUUUUGUUGACAGAGAUUUCUUAUCUUUCCUCCCUGCCUCCCUCCUUCCUUCCCUCCCGCCCUCCCUAUCCAUCGCUGCCCACAUCCAGUCAAGCCCUACGACGCAGUUCGCUUCGUCACAAGGGCUUCCUUUUUUUCUUUUUCUUUUUUUUUUUUUUUGUUUCCUCUUCAUCUCUUCGUUGCAUUAAUCAAAUCAUAGACGAAAUUAUCUAGAAAUUUUAUCCGGCAGGGUCGGAAACUUUAUAUGAUGGUAUAUUAACGAUGCUGUACAAUUACAUCUUAUAGUAUGGCUGGCCGCUGUGGUUUUAUUCUUCCUAUUGUAUCCGAAAUC